AUGGAUUUGCCACCUCUCAAACUUCAAAAAUUAUCUACGAAAAAAACAUCCAGCAACAUGCGAAAACACAUAUCAUUGAUAACACUUGGGUUGACUCUCCGCCAGUCUUUCCUUGUAAGAUGCGGACCAGAAGAAUUGACCCAUAUAGAUCAACGUUUCUCAACACCCGAAAUGGUGAACAGCUUCAGUUUUGUACCAGAACAUCCUUCACAUGAUGUAAUCGGGACCGUCAAUGAAUCAAACUUACAAAUUCCAUCAUCAGUCAAGAUCACACCUUAUGCAGCCUUCUUUCGUGAAAGUAAAGAGGUUAUGGAUAGGAGUACAAAGGAAGGAGUCAAAACAUUGGCUAAUCAAGUGAUCUUGAUGAUCUCAAAUUUAAGCCCAACCUCUGAAUCUUGGGAAAGUUGGCUUCAACGUAAUCAAGGCACAGUUGAGGAAUUUAUCAAAACGGCUUAUACGGCUUUGUAUUCUGAUGAAGUUUGUGAUGAAGAGGAAAGGACUUGGAUUGUGGGAAUCCUAUCUGCGAUUUCAAAGUAUAUGCCACCUGAUCAGGAUAAAAUGACAGGAGAAGAAAAGAUUGAAAGAUUUCCUUGGGGUAAUCAAGUGGCUCUAGAGAUCAAAGCUACUAAAGAAUUUGAACCAUUUAUGACCAAACGAUUUGAGUCACUCUGGUUAAGAAACGAACAUAUCUCAGCAAACGAGAUUAGCAAAGACUUGGAUGAGCUCCUUCAAAGGGCCAACAUGUUUGGUAUUUAUGACUUGAUGAAGGAGGAAGAGAUUCCCUGCAAAGUGAGCGCAAUAUAUGAGUUAAUCUCCAAACACCUCAUGAAAAGCAAACUACCCGAGGAGGAGAAUGAAAUAUCAGGCAUUUUGAAUGAUAUCAAAGAUUUCUUCAAGAACACUGACCUUUUUGGCUGGGAAGGACAAUAUUGUGAACAGAUUCUUCAACAUAUACUAAAACAUUCACCUCAAACUCGCAAAAUCUUUAGUGACCUUCUUCAAGAUUAUACGUUCUUCAGACAAGUUCAUUUUCCUUUUGCAAAGAAAGACAUGAUUGAAUAUCUGAAACAAGAAACCGAGAUGAAAGACUUGAACAACUAUAUAAAGGUCAUCAAGGGUUGGAAGGAGGAAGUGACCUGCCAAUUGCUCCCUUCAGAAGGGAGAUUCCUUUUAGAGAGGUUUACCAAAAAGCUAAACUCUCAAGAACUAGAUCGUCCUGACCAUCAUAAGUUUAUAGCUGCAUUCUAUCUCAUCUUUCCUUCUGAGGCGAAGUAUCUUAGAGGCUGGAUUGAGAAGGGAUGGGUCUUCCACAAAAUUGAGCUUGAAAACUUGAAGGGUAUUUGGUCAAAAGUUUUCCCAGAUGGUUUUAUACCAGAUGCUAACUUUGGUGAAUAUCAAUGGAUGUUUCUGGUCAAAAAUCCCUCUUGUCUUGAAAGGGUGAUGCUGUACCAGGCUGGAACCAAGAUGAAGACUUCAACACAACCAGGGGUUUCAGAGCUUGGUGAUAUCCUUGAAAAUGGGAAAUUGACAAGUCUUUCAGCUUCUGACCACUACAAAAAAGUCAUGAAGAUUUUACAAGAGGUUGAUGAUAUUACUUCAGCUAAUGAGGUGUAUAGAUUGUGUCUUGAGUUCAUCCGCCAUAUAGUAAGUCUUAAGAAGGAAUACGCAACUGCUUUUUUACAAGAGAUGGAAUCUUCCAAAGAAUUUAGAAUAACUAUCCAGAAAGCCAUAAAAACCUUCAAAAAACCAAGAAAAGAUUCAGAUCCUACGGAAAGAAGUGUAGCAGUGACAACUUCAAACUUUUAUACAUUCCUUCAAAAAGUUGAAAAUAUUUUCACAAUUCAUCCACAACAAAAGAUAAAACAUGUAAUGAUGGAAAAGGUGGCAGCACAAUUACAAUAUCAACCAAAUGAUUUCAACCUAAUCAUUGGGGGACAGCCUUUCAAAUUCAAAUUCAAUGCAACUUGCUGA